CAUCCUAAAUUCCAACCGCUAUUUGCUGGGAGAUGAACUUUGUAGUCUACACCACAGACUGUCAAGGCUAAUUUCUUCACCAUUGUUUCCUUUCUCUUACCUUUAUAUCACCUCCCUCCAAUAUAUAAGCAAUUCAUCACUCUUCUCUUUCACUGCAUAUUAUCUCAUUUCAUUAGAAGUUUCAUUUGAAGUCCCAAAAUGGCUGCCAGGCUAAGCCUCCUCUCCCUGACACAGCUCCAACAAUUGGCUCAGUCGGAGCCGGCGACCAACUAUCCUGGCGUUCCAGGCUCGGGCGAUGCGCAGUUGGUGUGGAACCCUACGGUGCGGGCUCCAGAAGAAUUAGAUGACUCCUGGGAGGUGAGAGCCUUUGUGGAGGACUAUACAGGGAGUGUCUCGGGCUCGACCUGGCCUCCGAGGUGUUACACCUGCACAUUCUGCAAGAGGGAGUUCCGGUCGGCCCAGGCCCUGGGCGGCCACAUGAAUGUCCAUCGCCGUGACCGUGCUACUAAGCGGCUCCAUCACCAAUUGCCGCCACCAGCCGCUGCCUUGUCAUCAGCCUCUACUUCCUCUUCCGCACUCGUUGUCCCUGGUCAAGAAUUAGCCAACAUUAACAGAGGGCUUUGCGUUCUCUACCAGCUACCUCCUCAAUUUGAUGCUGCCAUGUCGAGCAAUUGGUUCCCUGCGCCUGUUGAUAAUAACUUGCUGGCGAAGCCCAGCACGAGCUUCACUUCUUCUCACGCAUACUCGAGCAAAUUUAUUGAAGCAUCUUCUGCUCAAAUCAGCAAUUGUCACAGUAGGGGUGAUGCCGAUGGCAAGUGGAAUAAAGAUUUUGUUGAAGACCUUGAUCUUGAGCUUCGUCUCGGGUAUAAGCCAUUGCCUUCGUAAUGGAGCCGUACUCGCUACGACAGUCACAGGAUUCAGAUCUCAUUAUUGCAGAUAUUUAUGGGUUUUUUCAAGAGGGAUGAGAUUGAGGCAAGAUUCGCCAUGUAUAACUCCGAUUGAUAAAUUACACUCUUAUCAAAAUAAUUGGGGAGAGAUUACAAGGUGCCCCUUCAUCAAGAACCCUGUCCCUAGCUAGUCAGAUUUGCUGCAAAUUUUAUGUUGUUUGAUUAAUACAUUCAUUUAUUCUUUCGUUCAUUUAGUUAAUUAGUAUCUUUGUUCUUAAUUUACUUAUGAACCAAGUAACGCAAUAGCGCACGCUCUCUUUUGGUAUGCAAGGGGUUCCAUGUUCGACAAUCGUGCUGGAACUAUCCGUAUCCCUUUA